CUAUUUUAUUACGUUCUGUAAUAAAGUGAAGUACAUUGAAGAGUUAAUCAUGUGUUUCGGUAAAUAUUUUAACUGAUUUAGGCUACAAAAGCCCCCAAUACAAAUUAGUUUUUCCUAGAUUUUUUAAAAAUAUUUCCAAACUAGUUAGAUUAAUUUUGGCCUAAAAACAAUAAAAUUUUGUAAUAUUAGUGAUAUUACAUUCCAUCGUGAUGAUAAAAGCAAAAAUUUAUUCCACCUUAUCAAAAAUGCGAAUCAUCUUAUCUACGAUUCUUAUUUUUGGAACGACGUGAUAACUAACAAUAAUUCUCGAGCAAAUCCACGCUUCAGUUUCAGUUUUUUUAUACAGGAUAAUGAAACCACCCAUUCCCAUUCCGAUUUUACAAAACCUGAGAUGUGGCCAUUGUCGAAAAUUUGUGACUUGUGGCCCAGUCCACGUGACCCCUGACAGCAGUAUCCUAUGUGGUCGUUGUGUCCAUUUUGCAAAACAAACCUACCGAAACAUAGCUUUUGAAACUUUAGCCUCAAUAUACCGUUACCCUUGCACCUACUGGUCGAAACAUUGCAACAAACGAUUAGUUUGGAACGAAUCUUUGGACCAUGAAGGAAGAUGUUUGUUCCAAAACAGUUGCAAUGUUUUAUGCUCUCGUCCUGGAACAUUUUUCAAAUCGGAAAGAAAACUACCACAUCAUCCAGACAUAAACCUCGAACAUGUCAGUGAACAAAUGUUAGAAACCCUGAAAUGUGUCUCCUGUGAGAGCUACUUAUCCAACAAACCCAUUUAUAUAGUCCACGAUGGGAGAAAUAUCUGUCACAGAUGCAUCCACUCUAAUGGGACUCCCAAGGGGGCUAUCCGCAACCUGGCUUAUGAGACCAUCGCCACAUCGAUUAUUUUCCCAUGUGUUUACCGCUUCAGAGGCUGCACCAUCCGCUUGCAAUUUGGGAGAGACAUGUGGGGGCACGAAAACGACUGUCCUUAUGGUCAAAUUCGUCAAAAAUUGACCAAAAUCCUAUCAAAAAACGGAAAAGAAAAAGAACGAGGAGUCAUAGAAACCCACUCGGGACACAUCUGGGGUACCAUCACCCCCCACUCCGCUCUUUUUGCCCCACCAAAAACCAAAAACAAUGAAGGAAAAAUUGUCACGCAAGAAUUGGAAGAAAAAAUGAAGAAGAAGAAAGAAGACGAAAUUAAAAGUUUUGAUUCUCAGUCAGUGGAUUCCAUCAUGAGUCGGGCUAGUACCCUCGAUAGUGUUACUGAUAACGUUUCCAGGACAACGCCUGACAAUGUUUCGAGAGAUAACAUCUCGAGAUCAUCUUCAAGGCAACAAGACGAGUACAGACCAUCCGUUUCUGGGUACUCAAGGAGUCACCAAAUCAGGAUUCCACGACCUAGUGAGCUUGGAGAAGUUGCCCCAGUGCCUACCCCCCCAGGGUACAACAAAAUCCCCUACAAUGGCUACUACCAAGACAAUUUACGGACACCACAAGCCGACCAAUACCAACAUUUAUACCAUUUUCCGCCGGUUUAUUUUGACAACUCCCAACAAAAUUUUACUCCAAAUCAACAAAUUGCGCCCAAAAGAAGCGAAAGUUUGCGCGUUGGUAAUCAAGAAUUAAUCGAUGAAUUGAAAGUGAGACAAAAUAAGAAAAAUUCAGCAACACCGCCAUCCAGAGACCAAAAUCCGUACCAAGAGUGCAAUAAUUUGCAAGAAAUUGUUCAAAAACACGACGAGGUUUUUACUAUUUAGAUUAUUUACUAUUUUAUAAUGACGUCAUUUGAGAGCCACUUAAAGAUUAAUUAGAGAUUAUGUUCAGGCCGAUUAGGGGAUUUGCUAAUAAUCUAUCGACCAAUUAAGAGAAUUUUAUGUUUUUUUAAAACUGAUUAUACAAAUAAUCACUGUAUCAAGCUAUGUCUCACCGUUAUCAAUAAAGUUUAUUUUUUUAAA